AUGGUUUGUUCAUUGCACUUAUUUUUAGUAAUCGAUAAAUUAUUUUGCAAUAAACUUUGCUAUAAAAAAAUAUUUGGCAGAAAUGAAGAAAAGCUGCAUAAAUUUGAUUUACCUGUGGUAAAAAAACCGCAUGAGAUAUAA